CAAAAGAAGAAAAAGGAAAAUGUACGAGCAACGUAAUAGAAGAGAACCAGAAACGUAAUUAAUUCGAGGAAAGUAGAAAAAUGCUGAUAGCGAGGUUUAAUUGAUUUCUGAAGCAGCUCGACAACGUCCUUGAGACUUGUUUUCACUAUUUGAAACAAAAACAAAAAAAAAACGCUGCAACUAAGAAGAAACGGCUCUGGUAUUUCCCAUGAAAAUGGACGUAGGACAGACCAACGCGUUAGCACAACAUCAUUUCUAGAUUUCCUCGUAUUUCAUUUUAAGCCGCUGUGCGAAGACGAAAGGAUGGGACGUGAUCUUUCCGGGACGAUUCGAUCAUUUCUUAUUAUUUUGGCGCUGUCUACUUGCUGUUUCACGACCGCUCCACCUGAUUUGCAAGCUAGAGUUGAGCAACUUGAGAAAUACUAUGUCGAAAUUAAAGAACAUUUUGAAGCCAAAAUUAUUGAUUUGGAGACGAAAGUCGUUCGCCUGGAAGCCAAAGUUGAAAAACAGGAUUCACUUUUGGCUGAUUUGAAAAAAGGACACAAACCCUUGAAAGAGAAUGUCGACAUCAACCAACAUCGUCGUCAAAACGCUACCCUUCGUACUUGCCACGAAAUCCACGUCGCAAAUCCGUCGUACCCAUCUGGUAUGUACUGGAUCGAUCCUGACGGCCAAGGCAUUGGUGAUCCACCAAUCUACGUCUAUUGCGAAAUGGAGGCAGAACAAAGUGAUGUCAAAGGUACAACAUCCAUCCUGCACGACAGCGAGUCGCAAAUGGACAUUGGAAAUUGCACCGAACCUGGAUGUUACUCGAGGCCGAUCAAAUAUUACGCAAGCGAUAGACAAAUCGAAGCGUUGAUUCAAUUGUCCACUUACUGCCAUCAAAAUAUUAUGUACCAUUGCAGAAAAACACCAUUAAACUUCGACGGGAUUGCCUAUGCUUGGUGGAACGACAAAGAUGGCGAAAGGCACGAGUUUUCUAAUCGGUCGACGACGUGCGACCAACUAGCUUACACAGAAGUCGUGGACAACGUUUCUCUGCCUAUUACGCGGAUCCAUUUUAGCAAUCCGUUUAAAGGAUUCGGCCAACACCAAGUGAGUCGGUUGCGAUGUCGUGGGAAGGCAAAGACGGAGGCGAUGCCGAGAUCGUGUGAAGAUUUGUGGCGGAUGGGCCAUAACCUCAACGGAAUCUACUCCGUCAAGGGAGCUAAACAAAUGGAAACUGUUUUCUGCCAAUUUGAUAAACGACCUAAUGAACAAGAUUUCCAGAAGAGGAUUGGCUAUCAAGACAUAAAGACACGACCAGUGUACUUCUCCGUACGGAGAUUUGAAAGGUUUUCGGAAAGGUUAAUUCCAAUUCCGUUUGAUUAUGACGUAGUCAACAUUGGAGGGGCCAUUGAUUCGCAUAGCGGCGUAUUCACAGCACCCUUUACCGGGACUUACUUCUUUUCUUUUGCUGGAAUCGCGUAUUUUCCAGGAGGGGGAGGGGGAGGGAGCGUAUUUACGUUUCUUUAUAGUAGAGGAGUAGAGGAGAAAAUAAUAUCACAUUAUACCUUGAACAACUAUUUAAAUCUUAAAAUAAUAUCACAUUAUACCUUGAACAAUUCAAAUCUUGAAAAUCUAAGUCCAAUUACCGUUCAAAGUACUCUACGUUUGCAAGCCGGAGAUAAAGUAUGGAUCAGUUUCAUUUUUCGUAAUGCGUCUCUAUUCGGAGAAAAAAAGACGAUUUUUAGCGGAUGGCUUUUAGAAGAAGAAAUCUAAGCAUCGCCAACGUUUUGCACAAGCCAGUUUGGCAGCAAAUACUACGACCAUGAAAACAAAAGGGCACCAACGAGCACAGAACGUCCUUCAAUCCGACCCCAUCAACUUAUAAAUAUGCUUCUAAAUAUGUUUUCAAUCUCACUGUUCAUUUCGUAAUGAAACAUUUUAGCGAAACCGGUUUCAGUAGCUAGUACGACAGUAGCAGGUACGGAGUCCUGAAAGCCGUAAGGCUUCGCAAAAACUACGUAUUUAACAGAGGACCUUCUUAUUUUCGUUCAUCAGUACACAGAAAUUGAACGUACGCUCUUCAAGUUAAAAAAAAAAAAAAAAAAAGUUACAUAUCGACCAUUACAACAGGAACAGGAUGAAUGUUUUUUUUUGCUAGCCAAAGACUUGCCAUUUUAUUGACAUCCCACAAUCGCCACUUCAGCCGAACAUACGGCGUCCUAAAAAAAUGCGAUUCGUUGCUAUUCAAUAGCUAUUCUAUUGAGCCGUCGGUGGUGGUGGAUCCUAUGGUGGAUUCGGCGGAAGAUAUGGUGGCGGAUACGGUGGCUGCCCCGCUUGUUAAUCUUUAACUGAAAGAAUUAUCCUUGAAUAAUUCAUCUUUGACCAACCAUGAAUGACGAAAAAUGUUGCAGAUUUUUAACGAAGAUUGUAGAUCAAUCCUAUAUUAUAUACUGUUGUAAUUGUGACCUAUCAAAUACAGUAUCAUUACUUUAAUUA